AAGAAAAAAGAAAAGAUUUCCUCACUUAGUUACCAUGUCCAGUCAGACGCGGUAGUGCUCUGUUUUAAAUGUGAUUUUCAGCGGUUUGUUUGUAAAAUUUUAAGGUUUUUUUGUGAGAAACCGAGGUUGUGUUUUAGAAGUUUAAGAAGAAAAAGCCGGAGGUGAAGGCGGAAAAUGGGUAAAAAACAGGAGACAAGUACGGACUCCGAGUAUGGAGAAGCUGCUCAGUUUGACCCGACCUUCAAAGGACCCAUAAAGAACAGAGGGUGCACUGAUAUAAUCUGCUGUAUCCUGUUUAUGGCGGUCAUCCUCGGCUACAUAGUAGUUGGGAUUUUAGCUUGGCUUUAUGGCGAUCCCAGGCAUGUUCUUUAUCCGAGAAACUCAACUGGAUGGUUCUGUGGCAUUGGACCAAAUAAAAACAGACCCAAUGUGUUAUACUUUGACAUCCUCAAAUGUGCCACAUCUAUUAAUAUUAUGGCAACUGCUCUUAAUGGUCUUCAGUGUCCAACCACACAGGUGUGCGUUGAAGAGUGUCCUUCUUCAUUCUGGGCCGUGGGGGUAGGGUCAUAUCUUCCAGAUGUAAAGCCAGCAAGUGUUUUCAACCAAAGCCUCUGUGUGCCGUCUGUAGACCUGGCUAAAACAACACUGAAUGUUAAAGAAAUUGUGGACAAGGAGCUGUGUCCUUUCUUCUACAUGCCUACAACCUCUGUCCUGGGAAGAUGUUUGCCUGAUAUCUCAGCACUGGAGAAGAUCCCUCCUGUGUUUUCCAAAAUUCCCGGUUUACCCUCCUCAGUCAAUGAAACCGUCGACAUCAUCAAGAACGGGACGUUCGUGAAUGGCUUCAAUGCCAGAGAGAUUGGUGUCCGGAUCUUUGAGGAUUUUGCGUCGUCAUGGCCGUGGAUCCUCAUUGGUCUCCUGAUAGCCAUGGUGGUCAGUCUGCUGUUCCUGUUGCUGCUGAGGUUCACUGCUCCAGUCAUGGUGUGGGUGCUCAUCAUAGGAGUCCUGGGUGCCGGGGCGUAUGGGAUAUGGCACUGCUACUGGGAGUAUGAUAACUACAAGAACUCCUCCUCUUCUAUCACUAACGUUGGUUUCACUACCAACUUCAGUGUUUACCUGCAAGUCCAAGAGACCUGGCUAGCCUUCUUGAUAAUCAUAUCUGUGGCGGAGGCGAUCAUCCUCCUGACCCUCAUCUUCCUGCGGACCAGAAUCCUCAUCGCCAUCGCCCUCAUCCAGGAGUCCAGCAAGGCAAUCAGUCACAUGAUGUCUGCUCUGCUAUACCCUCUGAUCACCUUUGUCCUCCUGCUGGUGUGUGUUGCUUACUGGGGCGCCACUGCUUUAUAUUUGGCCACUUCAGGAGGCCCGAUCUACAGAGUGGUGGCUCUCAACGCCACAAAUGAUGAGUGUAAGAGUAUCAAUGGCUCUGUGAGUUGUGACCCUCAGAACUUCACCUCGUCAGAUUACCCAGGCUGCCCCUCAGCGAGCUGCAUCUUCAUCAGAUACAACAACGAGGGUCUCCUCCAGAGGAACAUCUUCAAUCUGCAGAUCUACAACGCAGUGGCUUUCCUCUGGUGCGUCAACUUCGUCAUCGCCCUGGGCCAGUGCACGCUGGCCGGGGCCUUCGCCUCCUACUACUGGGCCUUCACCAAACCAGACGAUAUCCCCAUGUUCCCUGUGUGUGGUGGAUUUAUACGCUCGCUCAGGUACCAUGUUGGCUCCUUGGCAUUUGGUGCUUUGAUCCUGACCCUGGUGCAGAUAGUGAGGAUCCUUCUGGAGUACAUUGACCACAAAACAAGAUCGGCACAGAAUCCAGUUGCACGUUUCAUAAUGUGCUGCAUGAAGUGCUGCUUCUGGUGUCUGGAGAAGUUCAUCAAGUUCCUCAACAGGAACGCUUACAUCAUGAUCGCCAUUUAUGGGAAAAACUUCUGUGUCUCUGCCAAAAAUGCUUUCAUGCUGCUGAUGAGAAAUGUGAUAAGGGUCGUGGUGCUCGAUAAAGUGACAGACCUGCUGUUGUUCUUUGGGAAGCUCCUCGUGGUCGGAGGAGUGGGUGUAUUGUCGUUCUUUUUCUUCUCUGGACGAAUCCUGCUGCCAGGCUCCACCUUCCGCUCUGAAACCCUCAACUACUACUGGAUGCCAAUUAUUACUGUGGUGUUUGGCAGCUACCUCAUAGCUCAUGGAUUCUUCAGUGUGUACAACAUGUGUGUUGACACACUCUUCCUCUGCUUCUUGGAGGACUUGGAGCGUAACGAUGGAUCUCUACAGAAGCCGUACUUCAUGUCCAAAAACCUGAUGAAAAUCCUCAACAAAUCCAACAAGGCACCUAAAAAAGGUAAAGGGAAGGACUGAAGAUCUUUGUCCCUGAUGACCUGAAUGAAACCACAUGAACAGUGUCAAAGAUUUUCAGGAUAUUUUUGCUACUUUUAACUUCUCGACACUCCGUCUUCUUUUAAACAUGUUUACGGAAACUGAUUUGCUGAUUUUAGGAUUUUUUAAUUAUUUUUUUAUUGCGUAUGUGCAUAUGUAUUAUUAUGUGUAUAUAAAGGAGGAGGAAGCAUGUUAAGGCAGGUCAUUUGUCCAUCAUGCAUUUCUAAAAUAAGUCUCAAAGGAUUUUCUCUGUUAUUUUAAAUUAUUUGUACAGCUGGUGUUCACUGUGCUGUGGACAUCAUGCAUCAGUUAUUCCAGUUAAACAGCUCUGAAGUUUUUAGGCGUUAAGGCUUUACUGAAAAUCUUUUAUAGACAACUCUUAAUGUGAUUUAUUCAGAUGGACAAAAUAUAUAUAAAACUAAAUAUUUUGCAACAGCAACUGCAAAACAAAUGUUCUUACAAAUCAUAUAUUUUUACUUAUUUGUAAAAAAGUUGUUUUAUAAAUAUAAAAAAAAUUAUGACCAAAAGUUUAUUGAUCACAUUGAAAAUAAUGUAAUAAAGAUGUAAAUAUGACUGUACAACAUAGUUUUCUAAUCUUUUCACAGCACAUCUGAGUCCUUAAAUAUCCACAAGCAAUGACGACACAAAACAUGUCAAUGAUUUAAUCAAGUUUUAAUCUCCUAGAACAUUUGGUUUUGCACAAACUCUCCAGGUUUAGUCCGUCAAGACUCGCAAAUCGUGACUUCCACCACUUCAUUUUAGUGUCACAUAAGCCUCAUAAUACAAAGUGUAGCUUGAACAGACAAGUAUGCAAGAAAUGACGACCCCCAGCAGCCAUCCUGUCCCUCCCACAGAGGACCUCGAGUUUCAACUCUGACCCUGGUGUGAA